AUGGAGCAGUGUGCAAGCGUGGAGAGAGAGGUGGACAGGGUCCUGCAGAGGUUCCUGACCUACGGGCAGCGCUGUGAGCAGAGCCUGGAGGAGCUACUGCACCACGUGGGCCAGCUGCGGGCCGAGCUGGCCAGCACAGCCGUCCAGGGAACCCCUCUGUCAGCCACCCUCUCCCUGGUUAUGUCACAAUGCUGCCGGAAGAUAAAAGACACCGUGCAGAAACUGGCUUCGGACCACAAGGACAUUCACAGCAGUGUUUCCCGAGUGGGCAAAGCCAUUGACAGGAACUUUGACUCUGAGAUUUGCGGUGUAGUCUCCGACGCAGUGUGGGACUCGCGGGAAAAGCAGCAGCAGACCCUGCAGAUGGCCAUCCUGGAGCACUUGUAUCAGCAGGGCAUGCUCAGCGUCGCUGAGGAGCUGUGCCAGGAAUCAACACUGAAUGUGGACUUGGAUUUCAAGCAGCCUUUCCUGGAGUUGAAUCGUAUCCUGGAAGCUCUGCAUGAACAAGACCUGGGGCCAGCAUUGGAAUGGGCUGUCUCCCACAGGCAGCGCCUGCUGGAGCUCAAUAGCUCCCUGGAGUUCAAGCUGCACCGACUGCAGUUCAUCCGUCUCCUGGCAGAUGGCCCUGAGAAGCAGCUGGAGGCCCUCAGCUACGCCCGGCACUUCCAGCCCUUUGCUCACGUGCACCAGCGGGAGAUCCAGGUGAUGAUGGGCAGUCUAGUGUACCUGCAGCUGGGUUUGGAGAAGUCACCCUACUGCCAUCUCCUGGACAACAGCCAUUGGGCCGAGAUCUGUGAGACCUUUACACGUGAUGCUUGUUCCCUGUUGGGCCUUUCUGUGGAGUCACCCCUCAGUGUCAGCUUUGCCUCUGGCUGUGUGGCGCUGCCUGUGCUGAUGAAUAUCAAAGCUGUGAUGGAGCAGAGGCAGUGCUCUGGGGUCUGGAGUCACAAGGACGAGUUACCGAUUGAGAUUGAACUCGGCAUGAAGUGCUGGUACCACUCAGUGUUCGCCUGCCCCAUCCUCCGCCAGCAGACGUCGGAUUCCAACCCUCCCAUCAAGCUCAUCUGUGGCCAUGUCAUCUCCCGAGAUGCACUCAACAAGCUCAUUAACGGAGGAAAGCUGAAGUGUCCCUACUGUCCCAUGGAGCAGAACCCAGCAGAUGGGAAACGCAUCAUAUUCUGA